GCGGGGAAGGAUUCAAAUAACCCGGUGCUUUCAAGUGGGGCCCGGGUUUACGGAAUGAUGGCCGAUAUGAAGGGUAAGGUGGAUGACCGUUAACAGAUGUGCCGAGGGAUGACUGUGGAAAGAUUCAUCAGGGUAGCAUGAGACUUAUCUGAAUAACAUUGUCUAUGCAAGCUGCAAAUAGGUUCGACUCUUCCACAGACCGCAACAAUGGCAGUAAAAAAGAUCUCGAAGGAGGUUGACGCCUAUACACUCGAUUCCAGCUCAUACUAUCUGGGCUAUAGGGACGCAGACUACCAGCAGCAAUUCGCCGAGUACUUCGAUCCUAAUGUUGAACCGAUCAGCGACGAAGCGCUAAGAGGUAUUGUCAGCAGCAUACGGGCCACUGGUCCUGGUGAGACUCGCAGUCCUGUAUGAUAAACCAAAUGGCUGGCUAUAAUGACG